AUGGAGUCCAGCGGGGACCCAGCCCUCGAGGCAGGAGGGGGGGCAGCAGGACUGGCUGUUGGGGGAGGCCCGGAAGCCACAAGCAAGGGAGCAGCAGGUGCGGCCGGCGGGAGGGCAGCAGGAGCUGCCGGUGAGAGGGGAGAAGCAGCUGCUGGCGAGAGGGGAGCAGGAGCUGCCGGCGAGAGGGCAGCAAGAGCCGCAGGCAAGAGGGCGGCAGGCGCGGUCGGCAGACGAGCAGCAGGUACUGCCGAAGGGAGAGCAGCAGGAGCGGCCGGCGGGAGGGCAGCUGGAGCUGCCGGCGGGGGGGCAGCAGGAGCUGCAGGCAGGAGGGCAGCGGGAGGUGCCAGCGGGAGGGCAGCAGGAGGUGCCAGCGGGAGGGCAGCAGGAGGUGCCAGCGGGAGGGCAGCAGGAGGUGCCGGCGAGAGGGUAGCAGGAGGUGCCGGCGAGAGGGCAGCAGGAGGUGCGGCGAGAGGGCAGCAGGAGGUGCCGGCGAGAGGGCAGCAGGAGGUGCCGGCGAGAGGGCAGCAGGAGGUGCCGGCGAGAGGGCACCAGGAGGUGCCGGCGAGAGGGCAGCAGGAGCUGCCGGCUGGGGGGCAGCAAAGAGUAGAAGUGGAGAUGGCCGAGCUACAGCCAGAGGUGCAGCAGGACCACUCGGGGAACCGGGCCUGGCCACACGCAGGAGGGCAGCAGGAGCUGCCCGGGGGAGAGCAGCGUGAGCUGCCAAGGGAAGAGCAGCAGGAGCUGCCAGCAAGGGAGCAGCAAGCAAGGGAGCAGCAAGCGGUAGAAGUGGAGAUGGCCGAGCUACAGCCAGAGUCACAGCAGGACCAAACGGGAAACCAGGCCUGGCCACAGGCAGGAGGGCAGCAGGUGCCGCCCGGGGGAGAGCAGCUUGAGCUGCCAAGGGAAGAGCAGCAGAAGCCGCCGGGGGUGGGGCAGCUGCCGGCAAGGGAGCAGCAAGCGGUGGAUGUGGAGAUGGCCGAGCUACUGCCAGAGGUGCAGCAAGACCAAUCAUGGAACCAGGUCCGGCUGCAGGCAGGAGGGCAGCAGGAGCUGCCGGGGGAGGAGCGGCAGGAGCUGCCAACAGGAGGGCAGCUGGGGCUGUCGGGGGGAGGGCAGCAGGAGCUGCCGGAGGGGGAGCGGCGGGAGCUGCCGGCGCGGGGGCAGCUGGAGGUCGCUAGUGCGGACCCUACAAGCCAAGCGAAGAGAACUUGGGCACGGGGCCGAGGCGGGAGACGACACGCCCGUAAGACGCAAGGUCGAACUGGAAGCGGAGCUGCCGCCCAGCAGGCGGAGGGGCAGCCGGGGCCGACCGAGACACCCCCGGGAGCUCCGCGCGUGGGGGAGCAACCCUGGGUGCCCGGGGCACCCCAAGGAGAGCAGCAGCCAGGGGGGCAGCCGGGGGUGCCCGGGGCACCCCAGGGAGUGCAGCAGGCAGGGGGGCAGCCGGGGGUGCCCGGGGCACCCCAGGGAGUGCAGCAGGCAGGGGGGCAGCCGGGGGUGCCCGGGGCUCCCCAGGAAGUGCAGCAGGCAGGAGGGCAGCUGAGGGUGCCAGGGGCACCCCAGGGAGCGCAGCAGGCAGGGGGGCAGCCGGGGGUGCCCGGGGCUCCCCAGGGAGUGCAGCAGGCAGGAGGGCAGCUGAGGGUGCCCGGGGCACCCCAGGGAGUGCAGCAGGCAGGAGGGCAGCCGAGGGUGCCCGGGGCACCCCAGGGAGUGCAGCAGGCAGGAGGGCAGCAGGGGGUGCCCGGGGCACCCCUGGGAGUGCAGCAGGCAGGAGGGCAGCCGAGGGUGCCCGGGGCACCCCAGGGAGUGCAGCAGGCAGGGGGGCAGCCAGGGGUGCCCGGGGUUCCCCAGGGAGUGCAACAGGCAGGAGGGCAGCUGAGGGUGCCCGGGGCACCCCAGGGAGUGCAACAGGCAGGAGGGCAGCUGAGGGUGCCCGGGGCACCCCAGGGAGCGCAGCAGGCAGGAGGGCAGCCGAGGGUGCCCGGGGCACCCCAGGGAGUGCAGCGGGCAGGAGGGCAGCAGGGGGUGCCCGGGGCACCCCAGGGAGUGCAGCAGGCAGGGGGGCAGCUGGGCGUGCCCGGGGCACCCCAGGGAGUGCAGCAGGCAGGGGGGCAGCUGGGGGUGCCCGGGGCACCCCAGGGAGUGCAGCAGGCAGGAGGGCAGCCGAGGGUGCCCGGGGCACCCCAGGGAGUGCAGCAGGCAGGAGGGCAGCCGGGGGUGCCCGGGGCACCCCAGGGAGUGCAGCAGGCAGGGGGGCAACCGGGGGUGCCUGGGGCACCCCAGGGAGUGCAGCAGGCAGGGGGGCAGCCGGGGGUGCCCGGGGCACCCCGGGGAGUGCAGCAGGCAGUGGGGCAGCUGGGGGUGCCCGGGGCACCCCAGGGAGUGCAGCAGGCAGGAGGGCAGCCGAGGGUGCCCGGGGCACCCCAGGGAGUGCAGCAGGCAGGAGGGCAGCAGGGGGUGCCCGGGGCACCCCAGGGAUUGCAGCAGGCAGGGGGGCAGCUGGCCGUGCCCGGGGCACCCCAGGGAGUGCAGCAGGCAGGGGGGCAGCUGGGCAUGCCCGGGGCACCCCAGGGAGGGGUGCAGCAGGCAGGAGGGCAGCCGGGGGUGCCCGGGGCACCCCAGGGAGUGCAGCAGGCAGGGGGGCAACCGGGGGUGCCUGGGGCACCCCAGGGAGUGCAGCAGGCAGGGGGGCAGCCGGGGGUGCCCGGGGCACCCCUGGGAGUGCAGCAGGCAGGGGGGCAGCUGGGGGUGCCCGGGGCACCCCAGGGAGUGCAGCAGGCAGGAGGGCAGCCGAGGGUGCCCGGGGCACCCCAGGGAGUGCAGCAGGCAGGAGGGCAGCCGAGGGUGCCCGGGGCACCCCAGGGAGUGCAGCAGGCAGGGGGGCAACCGGGGGUGCCCGGGGCACCCCAGGGGGUGCAGCAGGCAGGGGGGCAGCCGGGGGUGCUCGGAGCACCCCAGGGAGAGCAGCAGGCUGGGGGGCAGUCGGGGGUGACUGGAGCACCCCGGGGGGAGCAGCAGCUAGGGGGGCAGCCGGGGGUGACCCGAGCACCCCAGGGCGAGCAGCAGGCAGGGGAGCAGCCGGGGGUGACCAGAGCACCCCAGGGAGUGCAGCUGGCAGGAGGGCAGCCGAAGGUGCCUGGGGAACCCCAGGGAAUGCAGCAGGCAGGAGGGCAGGGAGUGCAGCAGGCAGGAGGGCAGCCGAGGGUGCCCAGAGCACCCCAGGGAGAGCAUCAGGCAGGGGGGCAGUCGGGGGUGACCGGGGCACCCCAGGGAGUGCAGCAGCCAGGGGGGCAGCCGAGGGUGCCCUGGGCACCCCAAGGAGCGCAGCAAGCAGGGGGGCGAUCGAUGGACGACCAGGAGCAACAGUUGGAGGAGUGGUGUCGACUUCUGGAGCUUGAUACCCCCAUGGCGACUGUGGAGGAGUCAGAGGCGGACGAAGAACCUCCCUUGCCGCCUUCCCCAUGCCCCCGCUUCCCGUGCGACACGUGUUUCCACACUUUCGCUACGCGGGGGGCCGCAGCGAACCACAUGAGGGUAUGCCGAGCGGCUGAGGCGGAGAGGCGUGCACAGGCUCUCGGCUCGAUUCCGUCUCUGGUGGAGACGGACACGCAGGAGCGAUCGACGCCGCGGGAAUUUGGGGACGAGGCGUGGGCUGGGGUUACGUCAUGGGAAUGGGAAACAUUUUUCAGUGUGGAGGCGGUUGGAGGGAGGACAGUUUGCCGUAUCCCACAGCGGGCCAGGUCGGGGGUCUUAGACGCGCUCUGUUGCAUCCUUAAGCGCUUGAAGAGCCAGCCGGGAGAUGAAGCCGCUAACCUCCUACUCUUGGCGUUUCCGCGCCUCAUCCUUGCCAUGCCUCCAAUGCCACGCAUAGGUCAGAAGGCGCUGAUCACAGAGCGGUUGGGUGCGUUCUGGGAGGGGAGGUGGCGGGAGCUGUUCGACUCUGCCAUGGCGGCAGCGCGGCCAGCAGUUCGCCCACUUUCCUACACUCGCUCUGACCAGGAUCCGGAUGCCAUCCGCCUGUCACGGUGCCGAUCUCGAUGCAAAGUGGGGGAGUGGAGCCGAGGAUUGGCCUGCCUUACAGCAGGGGAGUUGGCUCGACCGUCUGAGGUCAUGGUGCAGUCGCUGCGAGAGAAGCACCCUGCUAGCGCAGGUGAGGUCCCCAAGCGGGCUCGGCCGUGGCUCGCCGCAUCCAACCUAGUCGGGCUUUCCAAGCCUAACGGCGACGUCUGGCCGGUGGCGAUCGGGGAGGUGCUUCCUCGUAUCCUUGCUCGUGCUGUCUGCAUCUCGCUCCGCCCUGCGAUGGUUUCCUACUUCCUGCCAUGCAACCACCUGGGAGCGGGCACCAGGGUCGGGGCGGAGAUUCUCACUCAUUCUUUCCGGUCAGCGCUGGCCACUCACCCCGACUGGUGUGCGCUACACAUAGACAUCGCAAUCGCCUUCAAUUCGUUUCACCGUCAUGUGAUGUUCGAUGGUCUGCGGGAGUCGCCUUUCUCAGGGAUGAUCCCAUUCUUGCGUGUCUUUUAUGGGACACCUAGUGACCUGUACCUCCGAGCAGGCCCUUUCGUACAGAGCCUCGAGUCAGCACGGGGAUCGAGGCAGGGGGACCCGCUCGGCCCUUUUCUUUUCGCAUUCACGCAGCAGCAAGUGAUGGAGCCGAUUACUAGGGAGUUCAAGGACCUGCUUUUCCUCAGCUAUGCAGACGAUACCUAUAUUUUGGGGCCAGCGGCUAGGAUUCUGGAGGCUUUUGGGGUGCUGCGGGAGCGGUUGGAGUGGGUGGGGCUGGAGGUGCAGGCGCACAAGUGCCGUUUUUGGGAGCGCGAGGGCAAGGGGGUGGAGCGGGCACUGCCAUUGGGGAUGCAGCGGGUGGAUGAGGGUCUUACUGUGGUGGGCGUGCCUAUUGGAGAGGAGGCAGCGCGGAACAUUGCACAGUUAGGGGUGGCGGGCGAGGAGGCGAUGUUUGCUGAGUACCUCACCACUUCGACAGGGGCAGAGUUUCUUGACCCGUGGUUUGUCAAGGCUCUCGAGCAGCUGCCAGCGACUAUCCGCCAUGAGAUACCGGGCUUACCUCUGUGUGUAGUGGCCCCUCCUGUUCGGCUUUUCCAGGCGAGUCAGCGGCAGUUAGCUGUAGAGGAGCUCCAAGCACUGCGUCGCUUGGCUCGUGACGAUGCUACCUUGGCCCGUUUCACAUCCCUUCAGGGCCCGGGGGCAGGUGCAUGGGUUUUGGCGGUUCCGGCUCACUCAGAUCUUACAUUCACUGCGGCUGAGUGGGGCAUUGCUGCUGCUAUACGGCUCGGCCUCCCAAUUCAGCAGCUGCAGGUGGCGGGGAGGUGUGUUUGUGGCACAGCGUAUGUUGACCCAGCAGACCUGCACCAUGCCCUGAGAUGCAGGCACCAGCAUGGUCCUUCUCGGGUGCAUGAUGAGGUGAAGUUUGUGGUGGCGAAGAUCUCUAAGGCGUCGGGGGGGGUGGUGACAUUGGAGGAUAGUGUGGUGCUGCAAGGGAAGCGGGUUGAUGUGGCGGUGCGACGUCCAAUGGCUGGAGAGGCUCACGCCCUAGAGAUCAGCGUCGCGGACCCGCUAUCGCUGUCUCCAUCACUGCUGGGACAGCGCGGGCGUCAAAUAGGUGUGGCGGUAAGGGAAUGGGAGCGUCGCAAAACGAGUGAUUACGCACCUCUGCUUGCACGCAAUCGGGGCGUGCAGUUCACCCCUUUGAUAGUUGAGACGUGGGGGUGUCUCGGCGGUCGUUUUCAGCGGUGGCUUCGUCAGCAGGGGGAUGCGCACGUGGGGCUAACUGUGUCGCGGGGGGCUUGUCGAGAGGACGACUCUGUGUUUUCGGCUUAUCUUUUAGGGUCACUGAAGGCGCUCGAUGGGGUGGCGUUAUAG